AUGUACCAGACUUGCGUUUGUUGCGGGCAGGUACCUUGCUGGAGGUCAGUCCGCAAAACUGGUGGUGGGAUUUUUCAAACUCAGGUUUACUUUACGUCCAGCGAGUUUGUGGGCAAAUGGAAAAUAACGAACGUUUCACGAUUCUUUUCAUGUUUUAGGGUGCGUGCGUCUUUCCCCGCUGGAAUCACACGAACAUUCUGUGAGUGGAGAAAUUGCCAAAAUAUAUCAAAUUGUUGA